AUGUCUGCUACUACAACUACAACUACUCCACCGCAACACGUCAGCUUCCACACACCUACCGAUACCCUUCGCCAGUCGACACUCAAGAAGAGCAUGUCUAUCACGCAGACAUACUACCUGGCCCACAAGGCACGGGCCAAGCUGUCCCGCGAGGCUGCCCAGGCCGAUCACGACCUUCGUCUCCUGGUCGGACACGCCAACCUCCUCGACACCCUCAUGGUCGAGCUGGCUGAUGCCGAGCGUGAGCAGGAACGCUGGUUCAACCAGUCCGUCCGCACCGCCGAUCACAAGCAGGAGCGCCAGGUGCAGUGGGAUAACAACCAACACCUGAGCGAGGUCGCCGAGGAGGAGGAGGACGAGGUCGACGACACCGACUCCGAAUCCGAAUCUGACUAUGACUCCGAUGACGAGUUCUACGAGGAGUCCGCCACCGCGGCCUUCACCACCCUCCGUCCCAAGUCCACCAUCAAGGCGGUCGAGGCCGAGGACGACGAGAUGAUGGAGGACAACCUCGAGGAGGACUACGCACAGCUCGAACUCGUCCGUACCCCUUCGCACACCAACAGCGCUCCUCCCGGCCUCGUCGACGAGACAGGCGAGACCGACGAGUCUGAAGACGAGUCCAUGCCUCCAUCCCCCGCCACCCCCACUGCCACCCUCGCUUCCAUGCCCGAUGCAAUCAACCAGGAGACACGAGAAGAGUACGACGACUACCUUUCUCAAGACACAAAGCAGUCGACGACAGCGACGACGAUGGUGACAGCCAUCCCUGUCUGCUAA